AUGCCAAGAGCUCUCUGUCUGCAAUGCCUGCCGUUGCAUCGCGCGGUCCAGAAUGUCGCAUUCAUUCACCUCGUCCACGAAUCCGAAGCCGAGUUUAUGGCACAGAAUGCAGAGUCUGCGAGAACAUAUGCGGUGCCGGACUACCUCGAGAACUCCAUCGAUGAGAAGCGUCGACAUGAUUUGCAGCUCUAUCAUCGCAGGCUACGAAACAUUGAUCGCAAGUAUCUCAUAGAGGGCAUUGGCUGGCUCACUGAUACCGAUGGUACCGCAUAUUCUGGCUUCAUGAGCGGCUCCAUCGCGGACAAUCUCGACGAGCUCCAUCAACAGUUACAAAAGUUCGGAUCGAGCUCGUGCAGAUCGAUGAUACACGGCUUCAAUGUCAACAUGCACUCGAUCAACGAAGGCCUAGCCCCUCGUCUAAAAUUUUGGACUCCUCCGACCACCGUAGAGCAUCUCUUGCUGCGAAUACUCAGUCAUCACUGGAAAGAUGCAGCAAAACGUAUCAGGGUCGCGUUGAGGCAGACCCAAAAGCAGGAUCCGGCUCCGCUUCGCUGGGACUUUCCAUCUAAAGCUGGUGCUAUCAAAGCCGAAAGUCUGGACGUCGAGAUCAAUUGGAUUCGCAAUGCUCCAGUUCUGUCUACCUUCCUCAAGUCCAUUGACUGGCCAAUAUACGUCUCUGAGCCGUUCGCAGUAAGGCCCGUCAUGGAUAAGGUCAGGAUUAUUGACGCGGCGCCGGCAGGAUCGGACUACCAGAGCAUCUUGAUCAUGAGAUCGUCUCCACUACCGCUCACUAGCAUCAAGAGACGUUAUGAGAUCGCUAUCAAAGGUUUGGCCUCAAAGGAUGUGCUGGACAGCCAGUCGUACAUCCUUCUAUGUGUUGUAUUGACCGUCGUCAAGAAUGACACGAUGUUGUACAUCGAGGCAACGACGAAGCGACUGGACGCAAUGGUCCAGUAUCUACUACAUACUCAAGAAUGCCACAACUACAGCGCUCGAGCGUGUCGAGCCAACGCAAUCAUCGCCAAAGACCUGGGCAAGGAGAUCGAGCUACCUGCAGCUUGUCGGGUGCAUUAUAUCUUGCAUGACGACCUGCAAGCUCUUCAUCUUGAUUUGAACUACCUUGCCGACAGACUGGACAACAGCGCCAUCCAGAUCGAUAGACUCAAGCGACUCACUAUGGAUCAGAUGGAUAUGUUUGACAAGCGCCGGAACAGGCUCAUUGGUAUCCUGAUCGCCAUUUACGUACCCCUCGCAUUCACUACGUCCUUCUUCGGGAUGAACAUUGCGGAUCAUUCAACGUUCAGCUACUGGACGAAUACGACCGCGAGGCACGAAGACUUCAAUUCCUCGCUGCCGUUUGAAAGCACUGGGCUCGACAAUGUCUUCUUCGGAAGCUAUUUGCCCAUCGCCGAGCAGAACAACUACUGGGGACCGCCGAAUAUCACCGCAAACGGCACCUCCGUCAACGCCCGCGUCCCGACCUGGUUCCUGGAUCAGAACAACAUCACUGAUCUCGCGGAAACCAACUAUACCUUCACCUGGAGCACCAGUGAUUUCAGUAGUGACACCGUUGCAUACGCCGCAGAUCUGCUCACCGCAGGCUGGCCGAGCUGGCAGCUGAACCGCAAUCCCAACGCCACCGCUAACGCGACCUCGGCCACAUGGACGCAAACGAGUCUACCCGGCGCUCAUACCUGGAGACUCCAGACGUUCUGGAUCGUAGCAGGUAGCCUCGUGCUUGGAAGCAUCGUCGUUCCCAUCAUUGCAGGAGUCACGAUCCGCUUCCUGGCGCGGAUGUCGAUUUCUCACCGGAAGAGGUUCCGGGCCAUCGUCUCUGUCCUAUGGCUUACGUGA